AUGUGUCUGAAGCGUGAGGUGUUGCUGUGGCAGGAGCAUGUCCAGCAUCACCUGCAGCUCCCUGCCUACAUGGGACAUCCUCUUGUCAAACUCCUAGGAGACCUGAGCAAGAGGAGGUGCCCUGAGCAUGAGGACAAGGUGCUGAGGUACUACAGCUCCAUGUCUAAAACCUACAUCUGGACAAGAAGCGGAUGAACCUCAUCGUCUUGACGUCCAAUGUUCUGGGGAGAACACUGACUGUGCAUUUAAAAAAAAAUUCUGUUACCAUAUUUCAACAAGAGUAAAAGUGGUGUAGCGGGUUAAGGGGUGGUGACUUUCUCAUAAAAGGCUCUUCUAGUCUUAAUCUGAGAAUCAUGUCACAUACUUACAGUAGAUCAGAUUAGAUCAAUUGUAUUAUCCCAGGGGGACAUUUGUUUGGUCGUGUGCUUAAAAUACAUAAUAUAUAAAAACACAGAAUGAUACACACAGCAAACAGAUACUCUGCCCAUGCAGAAUGAUUGGCAGACAAACUAACACAAUUACAGAUAUACAUCUGUGAGUAUUUGUGUAAAUGAAAUGUACUGUAUAUAAACGUGUUUCAGGCAUUUAUGGAGCAGCAGUUCCAGUUGAUAGAGGCUAAGCUACAGGAAUGCAAGGACACUCAUAAAGUUGAAGACUUCAAAAAUGAAGUUAACUGAACAAAAAUAUAAACGCAACAUGCAACAAUUUCAAAGAUUUUACUGAGUUACAGUUCAUAUAAGGAAAUCAGUCAAUUUAAAUAAAUUCAUUAGGCCCUAAUCUAUGGAAUACAGAUACCUUAAAAAAAAAGUAAGGACAUGGAUCAGAAAACCAGUCAGUAUCUGGUGUGACCACCAUUUUCCUCAUGCAGCGGGACACAUCUCCUUUGCAUAGAGUUGAUCAGGCUGUUGAUUGUAGCCUAUGGAAUGUUGUCCCACUCUUCAAUGGCUGUUCGAAGUUGCUGGAACACGCUGUAGUACACGUCGAUCCAGAGCAUCCCAAAUGUGCUCAAUGGGUGACAUGUCUGGUGAGUAUGGAGGCAACGGAAGAACUGGGACAUUUUCAGCUUCCAGGAAUUGUGUACAGAUCCUUGCGACAUUGGGCCGUGCAUUAUCAUGAUGAAACAUGAGGUGAUGGUGGCGGAUGAAUGGCACGACAAUGGGCCUCAGGAUCUCGUCACAGUAUCUCUGUGCAGUCAAAUUGCCAUCAAUAAAAUGCAAUUGUGUUCGUUGUCAAUAGCUUAUGCCUGCCCAUACCAUAACCCCACCGUCACCAUGGGGCACUCUGUUCAAACAUUGCUCGCCCACACGACCCCACACACGUGCUCUGUGGUUUUGAGACCGGUUGGACGUACUGCCAAAUUCUCUAAAACAACAUUGGAGGCGGUUUAUGGCAGAGAAAUUAACAUUCCAUUUUCUGGCAACAGCUCUGGUGGACAUUCCUGCAGUCAGUAUGUCAAUUGCAAACUUGAGAUGUCUGUGGCAUUGUGUUGUGUGGCAAAACUGCACAUUUUAGAAUGGCCUUUUAUUGUCCCCAGCACAAGGUGCACCUGUGUAAUGAUCUUGCUGUUUAAUCAGCUUCUUGAUAUGCCACACCUGUCAGGUGGAUGGAUGAUCUUGGAAAAUGAGAAAUGCUCACUAACAGGGAUGGAAACAAAUUUGUGCACAAUAUUUGAGAAAAAUAAGCUUUUUGUGCGUGUGGGAAAUUUCUUGGAUCUUUUAUUUUCAGCUCGUGAAACAUGGGACCAACACUUUACAUGUUGCGUUUCUAUUUUUGUUCAGUGUAUAUUUGCAUAUACUCCACUUUAAUGCUUUUAGUGUUUUUGAUUUCUUUUGAGAUUCAUAGUUUUCUUUCUCUGUGCACAUAGGCAGAACUCCAAUCCCAUUGACUCCAGCAUUAACAGUUACGGUGGUGCUGCUGUGCCUCUGGUUCAUUGUCCUCUAUUAUGGUGAGUAGAUCUGAUCGUGAUGCCGUCAGUCACGUCUUGAAUUUUUGAUACAGUAUUCUUGCAUCAUCAUGAGUCAUUGCUCUCUUACCUGCCCCAAAUAACAUUGUCAGUCAUUGACCUGCAUACACUUGGAUUUCGGCAAGGUGUAUGUGUGAGUGUGGGUGUGUGCCUGUAUGCUUAAGUGAGUGGGUGCACAAAUGUGUGUGCAGCUGUGUGUAGGUGUUUGUGUCUGUCUGAUGAACAUUUGUCUCCAUCAUAGCCUAUAGUUCCUCUGUGGAAAAUCAGAAUCUCACAGAUACACUGAAGAAACGGCAGACUCUCUUCCACAAUGUCUACUCCUCCAUGGCAGGUGAGAAGUAAUAAGGAACUUGUGUUCUUUGUGGAUAAUCAAGCUUUAAGAUUCCGGUACUGUAGUAAUAAGUAGGUAAUUACAUAUUUAUUACUUUGUGGUAAUAAGAGAUGUGAUGUAUUUAUUUAAGAUCACUUUAUUGGUCCCGUGUAGCUCAGUUGGUAGAGCAUGGCGCUUGCAACGACAGGGUUGUGGGUUCGAUUCCUACGGGGGGCCAGUAUGAAAAAAAUAUAUGUAUGCACUCACUAACUGUAAGUCGCUCUGGAUAAGAGCGUCUGCUAAAUGACAAAAAUGUAAAUGUAAAAUGGUCAAUUGCACACAAGGUCCAACCCGAAAUUCGACUUCUGCUUUUAACCCAACCCCUCCGAAAGACACACAUACAGAUUUUUUGGGAGAGGUGAGGGGGGCUGCCACACUGGGCACCCAGGGAGCUGUUGUUGUGGGGGGUUAAGUGCCUUGCUCAAGGGCACAAUGACAUCUAGGAUUUGAUACCAGCAACCCUCAGGUUGCCAAGCUCACUUCCCACCAAAUUGUUCCUGUCAGUCCCAGGAUUCGAACUGGCAACCCUCCGGUUGCAGGCUCACCUCUCUAACAACUAGGCUACCUGCCACAUUACUGUAUGGUAAUAAGAGGUGAUGUAUUUGUUUACAGAAUUCAUGGUUGAAAAUCCACCAUAGGGCCACAGAAAUGCAGACAUCAGAGGAGCCCAACGUAAGCAGUGAUACAAUAGGUCUCUCGUGUGUGUGCGUCCGUCUGUCCGUCCAUCACUGAUCUGAUAUUUGUGAAUGUGUGUGUGUCACUGAUCUGUGUCCAUUUGUCUUUCUUAGGUGCCUUGACUCCCAGUGCUACUCCUCUGGGAGACAUUACUGGGAGGUGGAGGCCGUGGGCUACUGGGACAUCGUUGUGUCCUACCAGAGCAUUAAACGCAAGGGGACUGAGGGCCCCGCUUUUGGCCUCAACAAGGAAUCCUGGAGCAUCAAACACAAGGGCAAUCUGUUUGCCUACCACAACAAGAUGAAGAGGGAGAUCGCCAAUUCCUUGAAGGGCAACAGAGUGGUAGUUGUGGUAGACUUUGGUAGGGAACCAUCACUUUUUCUGGAGUGGGUAUGA